UCAUCAUCUGUCCUCCUCCGAAGAGCAGUUCUCCAUCAUGGCGGAACAGACGGAAAAGGCGUUUCUGAAGCAACCGAAGGUGUUUUUGUGCUCGAAGAAAUCCGGGAAGGGUAAAAGGCCUGGCAAGGGCGGAAACCGAUACUGGAAAAGCAUUGGUUUGGGGUUUAAGACGCCCAGGGAGGCAAUCGAAGGUACCUAUAUUGAUAAGAAAUGCCCCUUCACUGGCAGUGUUUCCAUCAGGGGCCGUAUUCUUGCAGGUACCUGCCACAGUGCUAAGAUGGUGAGAACAAUCAUUGUUCACCGUAACUACCUCCAUUAUGUGAAGAAAUACCAGAGAUAUGAGAAAAGACACUCUAAUAUACCUGCCCAUAUAUCGCCAUGUUUCCGUGUGAAGGAGGGUGACCAUGUGACCAUUGGCCAGUGCAGACCAUUAUCCAAGACGGUGAGGUUCAAUGUAUUGAAGGUUAUGCCGGCUGGAUCAUCUGGUGGAGUGAAGAAGGCUUUUACAGGAAUGUAAGGUCUAUCAUGUUUAUUUUUCACCUCAGCUGUGGUGUUUUGGUAAUCUGAGUUUUAAGAUUAAGAGAUGUAGGGGAUAUUAUAUAGCCAUGUGAUCUGGAGCUAAUAUGUUGGCUCAUUUUUGGGUUUGAUGCAAGUCAGGGUCUAAAUCGUUUGUUCCUUUUGGAAUCCAUUGUUCUAUUUAAUAUAAAGAUUUU